UUUGCUUGAGCUGUAAAAUCCUCUGGUGUUGAGACUACUCCAUCAGAUCCCAAAUUUGGGUCCACUACUGUUAAGGAGACUCGUAUCCAGUAGGGGCUGACAGCGGUAAGCUUCAGUGUCUGCUGGUAACCGACUCGGCAACAGUAGUGGUUCCCAUUUUUGGGUUGGAAUGCCUGACACAAGAAAAAUGGACACUAGGUCCAAAGUAGGAAAGCAAACUGGAAAGAAAGCUGAUAUCUGUGGAUUUUGUUCAAAGGAGGUAAUAUGUGAUUGUAUUCAAUGUGAAGGAAAAUGUGGACGAUGGUUCCAUGCGGCAUGUAGUGGACUGUCGGAGUUGCAGUUUAAAGACCUAGCAGAAAAUGAGGAUUCUGAGUGGUCAUGUCAAAGAUGUGGCAAGGAGGAGAAGAGCAACGAAGACGAAGACGAAAACCCCAUAACUGAAGCUAUCCGAAAGUUGAGGAGACAGGUCGAAGAAAGUGUACAACCAUCUACUCCAAUAUCAAAGGACCCUCAUAUUGUGGAAGAAGAGGGAAAGGAGUGCUGUUUCCCAGGUUAUGAAAAUGUAAGGGAUCCAUCUCAAUUGAAAUUAGGGUCAUGGAAUAGUUGGGAAGUUCUAACACAAUGUGAGGGAAUAUAUGGUGUUGUAGUCAAAUGGAGAAGAAACAUAUUUCUGCUUCCCUCAGGGGCUGCAGGAAAAGCAUUCAUCGAGGAAAUGACUAAAGUGGCCAACAAUUUUUCAGCAGGCAGUACUAUGGAAUCAGUGACCAUGACCCUUUUGAUGAUAAUGCCAUCACUACUGUUGCAGAAACCCUCAAAGAGAUCCAAAGCAAAGGAACACACUGAAGUGUUGAAGAGAAGGCUUGUUUUGUGGCAGGCAGGUAAGUUAGAAGAGUUGCUGCGAGAAGGACAGGAGAUUCAGAGAAGAAUGGGAAAGGGGAAACAUGAACAUGGCCAUGUUGAGAGAGUCUUCACUCGACUUAUGAUGAAAGGUAAAGUCAGUGCAGCAAUGAGGUGGAUUGGCGAAAAUGCCACCGGGAUUCUUGAACCCACUCCAGAUGUGAUAAAAGUACUGAAAGAGAAGCAUCCCAAGGCAUCACCUACAUUAAAGGGAAGCUGUCUGAGUGGACCAGUGAGGAGAGUAGAGCCGGUUAUCUUUGACAGUAUUGACGGGGAAUCGAUAAGACAAGCAGCAAAGAGAGUACAGGGUGCUGCAGGGCCUUCAGGAAUGGAUGCGGAUGCGUGGAAGAGACUACUGUGUUCUAAACAGUUUGGUAAGAAGUGUGAGGAUCUAUGCAAUGCUAUAGCAGGGAUAGCAAGGAAACUAUGUGUCAGGAAUCUGGAUCCAACGAUGUUGACCUCAUUGACAGCAUGUCGACUUGUUCCCCUGGAUAAAAAGCCUGGCGUCAGGCCUGUUGGCAUUGGUGAAGUCUUACGAAGGAUAAUAGGGAAGACAGUGAUGACCCUCCUACAGAAGGAUCUGGUUGGUGCCACUGCUCCUAUUCAAGUGUGUGCUGGUCUUCAGGGAGGAGUGGAAGCAGCUGUUCAUGCUGCGAGGGACUGCUUUGAAGAUCCUGAAACUGAAGCCAUCAUCUUAGUGGAUGCAGAGAAUGCAUUCAACUUGCUGAACCGAGAGGCAGCUCUUAACAACAUGUAUAUUGUAUGUCCAGAAGUUGCUACCUACAUUAUGAACACCUACAGAAUGCCUGCUAGACUGUUUAUUGCAGGAGAAGAUGAACAUCUUUUUAGUGAAGAAGGGACAACACAAGGUGAUCCACCUGCUAUGGGAUUUUAUGCAUGUGGUACAAUACCAUUGAUUGAUGCAGGAAACAUUGAGAGAAAAGUGACUCAGAUCUGGUAUGCUGAUGACUCUGCUGCUGGGGGAAAACUGGAAGAAAUGAGGAAAUGGUGGGAUAACCUCUGCAUUAAAGGACCACUUUUUGGUUACAACCCUAAAUCUUCCUAGACAUGGGUGAUAGUCAAGCCUGAGCACGAAGAGAAGGCAAGAAACUUGUUCCCAGAUGUCAAUGUGACAAGUAUUGGUCGACGAUAUCUGGGCAGCUUUAUCGGAACUGAUGAAGGAAAAGGGGCUUUCAUCGAGGAAAAAGUUCAAGAAUGGUGUCGUGAUCUUAAACAAUUAAGUGAUAUAGCAUCAAGAGAACCUCAAAUAGCAUACAGUGCAUACAUGUAUGGGCUUAGUAAAAGAUGGAACUAUGUGUGCAGAACUACCCCAGGAGUUGCAGAUAGGCUCACUCCUCUGGAACAAGUAACACGCGAUGAGUUUAUCCCAGCUAUCAUCAACAGGCUGUUUAGCUGCACUGAUGAACUAAGGAACAUAAUGGCUCUACCACCAAGAUAUGGAGGAUUGGGUAUACCAGUUAUGAUGGACAUGGCAGACCGAGAGUACAAAUUCUCAUGUAGAGCCACAAAACCCCUUAAAGAAGCUAUUCUCAAGCAGGUAGACAACUACACAGAGGACUGGAGAGUAAGCAAAGGAGUGAAAACUGAGAUAACAACUGAACGAAAUCUCUUCUAUCGACAAAAACAAGCGGAAAUAUGCCAGGAGCUCGAGCCAACACCACUGGCAAAGUUGAUGUUCCAACUAGCUGCUGAGAAAGGGGCAAGUGCUUGGUUAACAGCACUACCUUUAAAAGAGUAUGGAUAUCUGAUGAACAAACAACAGUUCUCAGACGCAAUAGCACUCAGAUAUAACCUAAACUUAAAGGACAGCCCUAAGACAUGUACGUGUGGCCAAAAGUACUCAGCAAACCAUGCGCUCAUCUGCAAACUCGGUGGAUAUGUGUCACAGCGGCACAACUCGCUGAGAGACACCUUUGCUGAACUAAUGAGAACUGUGAAAUGCAAGGAUGUGCAGACUGAGCCAGUUCUUCUUCCAGUUGAUGGUCUGAAGUUGCCUAAGGGAACAGUACUUGGAGACCAAGCUAGGCUGGACAUUUCUGCAAGAUCGAUAAAUGGAAUGCUUCAGAGAGGGCAUAUUUUGAUGUAAGGGUAUUUCAUGCCCCAGCCCCCUCCAAUGCAAGCAAAUCGAUCCCAGCAAUGUACCAGUCCCAUGAAAAUGAGAAAAAGCGAUGUUACAACGCAAGGGUUCUUGAAGUGGAGAAAGGAAGUUUCACACCUUUAGUGUUCUCGACUUCUGGUGGAAUGGGUAGUGAGGCUGAAAGACUGGUAAAAAAGCUGGCCAGUAAGAUGGAGUACCACACUGGCCAGAGGUACUCGGAUGCUGUAGGUUACAUCAGAAAGCGCCUUCGCUUUGAAAUCCUAAGAACAACAGUGAUUUCUCUCCGUGGAGACAGAGGUGCGAGAAAAAACAUUGUUAAUAUAAACAGUCUAGAUCUUAACUUGGAGCCACAAGGCCAAGGGUAAUUUUUGAGUGUUUAGGGAAUUUUUUAUAUUCUCAAAGGUUUGUUUUUAUAUAGGGUCAUUGCUAUAUUAUGUGUAUAUUGUUUGAAUAAUUUUAUAUAUAUUUUGUAUAUAAAUGAUUUGCCUGACCUUGUAAAAAAUAAGAUCAAGUUAUUUGCUGAUGAUCUUAAAUUAAUUGGUAAUGCAGCUUACCACGGUAGUGUUGCUGAAUAUAUUGAAGAAUUAGAAGUUUGGGAAAAGGUGCGAGAAAAAACAUUGUUGAUAUAAACAGUCUAGAUCUUAACUUGGAGCCACAAGGCCAAGGGUAAUUUUUGAUUGUUAAGGGAAUUUUUUGAAUUCUUAAAGGGUUGAUUUUAUAUAGGGUCAUUGCUAUAUUAUGUGUAUAUUGUUUGAAUAAUUUUAUAUAUAUUUUUAUUU